AUGAAACUGAAUAUUGAUGGGUCUAUAAUUGUUUCUAGUGGUGCUAUUGCUGCUAGGGGACUUAUUCUUAAUUCUACUGGUGAAUGGGUAGCAGUUGGAGCCGAAUCACCCCCUCCUUUGUUGAACAUGUGCAGAGUCUGUUGGAAGAGUUCCUGGGACUGCAGAAUCUUUCAUGUUUUCAGGGAGGUUAACUUUGUUGCUGACUCUCUGGCAAAGAUGGGGCAUGAGAUGGAAAUGGGUAUUCAUUGCUUUGUUUUGCUUCCUGGUGGUAUUACCAGUGUUCUCCAAGAAGACAGGGAUGGCCUUUUAAGGUUGUGGGUACAUGAAAAUGAAAUAGUGCUUUCAACUUCACAUCAGUGUUUCAAAUUUUACAAAGGUGGAGUAGAGAAAAUCUUGGAUAAUGUCAAACUAUUUACUAAAGCAGAGUCUUAUUUCGCGGAUGCCAAGUUCUACAUCAAUGAAGACAUGGUAUCUAAAGUUAUUCCUGUUGAGGAAGGACAAUUCCCAUUUACAAAAGAAGUAAAACCAAGAAAGUUAGGGGAAAGUGAUAUGAAUUUCUUGAAGGAGUUGACAACCAUGCAUUUUCCCAAGUUAAGCAAUUUAGACAUUUCGAAAUCUUCAGUACCAAGGUUUAUCAAACCAUCACAAGAUGCAACAAGACACGAAUCUCUUCCAGUCAAAAGAACUAAAGAAGGUUUUGAUCCUAACACUUAUAAGCUCAUGUCGAAGGCAGGUUAUAACUUCGGCUUAUCUCCUUUGCUAGGAGAGCUUAAUCCAUAUAUCACUAGAGAAAGGACACAUGACCUUAAUGAAACCCAAAAGAAGUUGAAAGACAAGGGUUACACAAUCGACUCAGCUAGAGCAAGCCUUGGUUUUACUCCUAUCACACCAAUUAACAUCUCUACUAUGAGGAAAGAAAAGAAGGUAGAUGUUCAACACAUUAGUGUCAAAGUGGUCGAGGAGGAAGGAGGAUGA